AUGGAAGCCUCGCAUUCGCAGCCGCCCGAAGAUUCCACAGCACCCAGCGUUGACCGUCCCACGCACGAUGGCAGCACUGGGGCGCAUCCUCCGUCGAACCCGUCGGUCCCACGACUGAACCCGCGAAGCUGCGUCACAUGUCGCCGAAGGAAGGUCAGAUGUAACAAACAAAACCCAUGUGCAAAUUGCGUAAGAGCUGGGAUUGAGUGUGUCUUUCCCGGCCCUGGCAGAGCCCCCAGAAAAUCCAGAAAGCCUCCUGAUUCAGAGCUCCUGGCUCGAUUACAGCGCUUGGAAGGCGUGGUCCGCAGUUUGGGAGCCAAUGUCGACGAAAACGGGCUCGUCUCGGCCACGUUGGCAGGCUCUUCGGAUCUGCGAGCGCGGUUUGGCGACGGGUCUCAGCCUGGAGACUCUCCGACGUCCGACCGUUCAGAUCCAGGCCGGCAGUCAGUUGACAAACAGCUGGGCCGGCUGGUCAUCAGCGAUGAUCGCAGUCGAUACCUCAGCAAUUCCUUUUGGACCAGCAUGAACGCCGAGAUCGCGGAAAUGCGAGAUUUGCUCGACUCUUCGAGUUCUGGUGACGACGGCGAAAGCUUCUUUUUGCAGAACAACCGUGUGCUGAACCACCAGACAUUCCUCUUCGGCUAUUCGGCAGCAAUGGUUGACCUGCACGAGCUACAUCCCACCCCGAGCCAGACGUUCAUUCUCUGGGAGAUUUUUAAGGAGAACGUUGAUCCAGUGGUCCGAAUCGUCCACCGACCGACCGCAAGGACAAUGUUGAUGAAUGCUGCCACCCACCUUGGGAGUCUCUCCAAGCCUGCCGAAGCAUUACUGUUCUCGAUCUACUUUGGAGCUGUGGUCAGUCUCAGUGAUGAACAGUGCCGGCAACUGCUCGACGAGGACAAAGAUACUCUGAUCAAAAAGUACCGCUUUGCCACCGAACAGGCAUUGGCUCGCGCCGACUUUCUAAACAGCUCCAGUCUUAUGUGUUUACAAGCGUUCGCCUUUUUCCUUUUGUUCGUACGGUCCUGUGACGACUCACGAACCGUGUGGUCUCUAGGAGGUUUGGCAAUUCGUCUGGCCCACGGCCUCGGAAUCCACCGUGACGGAUCGCAUUUCGGAUUGAAUCCCUUCGACAUAGAAAUGAGACGGCGGUUAUGGUGGAAUCUCUCCGUCUUGGACAACCGCUCGGCCGAGGAUCAUGGAACUGACCCCACAUUCACCGAACAUUUCUACGAUACCAAGCUGCCACGGAAUUACAACGACGAGGACAUUCAUCCAGGAAUGAAGCAGUACCCGCCAGAGAGACAGGGCGCGACAGAGAUGACCUUUUCCUUGAUCCGUUUCGAGCUCAGCAUUUUUUUCCGUCGUCUUAUGGGCUUCGCAAAAGCCGAGGUUGUGCCAGGCUCGGACGAGUGGACGAUGGAGGAAAAAGAUAAAAUGAUCGACGACUGUCACCGCAUGCUGGAAGAGAAGUACCUGCGACACUGCGACUUGGAAAUGCCCAUCUACUAUGUUGCUGUUACCGUCACCCGGCUAAUCCUGGCAAAGAUGUGGCUUAUGGUCCACCAACCUCGCUCGUUCAACUGCACAAGUGGCGCUACCCUGUUGGAAAAUUCCUGCCGGGAUCGGAUUUUCAUCACCUCUGUGGAAGUAAUGGAAUUUUUCCACGUUCUGUGCAGCAACCCGAACACCGCAAAGUGGGCGUGGCUAUUUCGCUCCUACAUGCAGUGGCAGUCGAUGGCCUUCGCGUUGUCCGAGAUUUGCCUUCGACCUCCCGGGCCGGACGUUGAAAGGGCCUGGCAAGCCAUUGAAUCGAUUUACCACGAGCAUCUGCCGACAAACAACAGGCUACAAAGGGCUGUCCGAUGGAAACCCCUGCGGCAACUGAUGGCAAGAGCUCGGGAGAAGAGAGCAGCGCAGCAGACACAGGGAGCUCAGCCUGCUAACGGUGUCCGACUCUUUUCCGAUAUCGCGCCCGUUACUUCUCUGGACCAGUUCAUCCAAGAACUCCCCGAUAACUUUAUGUCUACUACAAUGAGAGCGUUCGGCCUCGAUUCCCCAACUACACACCCUAACCCUGCGCUAGAACACUCGGAGCAAGGCGAGAGCGGCACGGCUGGUCGAGACAUGUCGACAGACGGUUCUCACGAUGCCAUUGAUGCAUGGGUGGGGCCGGAUAGCAGGAUGCUAGGCUUGGAGUCUAGCGACGUGGCUGGGAUCGAACCAACACUCCAGUUCUUGAUGAGGAUUCAGGAAGACUGGUUUUGA